CGAGAAAAAACAAUCGAUGAAUCUACCAUUGUUAAUGACUCACGCGUGUGCACAUCGAGAACAAUAAAUGAGUAAACAAACAUAAGUGUUAGUGUGCUUGGACAGAGACAAUGACAGACUACUGUGAACGAAUAAUCGAAUGUUAUUCCAGUGGUGGUUGAUAAGGCGGCCAGUGCAGAGAAAUGGGGCGACGCAACUUCAAGACUUAGCCUGGCACAGCUUGGAAAUAAGUCAAGAUAUUUUCAGCAUUUGUUGCUAAUCGAGGUGGGACUGGGGUGAAAUUGUGCUUUGACGCUUGGCAACAGGGUGACAGAUUGUUUACCGAAAAGAAAAUAUGUCGGGUGGUGAGAGAAAGAAACGUGGAGGUGAUAAGGGACAUGGCUGGGAGGAAGCUGGUGCGGAGUUUUAUCAGGAACGCUAUCCCGCCGCUAUCGAGGCAGAUUUACAGCAGGUGUUGCAGAGAGAUCCCUCGCACAUUGCCACACUCCUUCCCAGUAAAAAAUCACGUGUUGCAACCGCAAAGCGAAUCAGAAAUGAACCCAGAACAACUCUCAGGAGGCGCACAAGCACUCGUUCACGUGGAACAGCGCGGACCAGUACAGUACGACGAAUGUCAACAAAUGUUCCUGAUGCACAAAAUAUGUCAAUGCUGCCAGAUUUGUCCGAGAAUUUAUCGAAUGAGGAGCGUACGUGGGAGGAAAUUAUGCAAAUCAAAGCGAUGCCCGUUUGCAUGGCACAAAAAGUUCAGCUUAAGAGGCAGUUACAGAAUGCAACAAAGCUGCGACUCCAAGGUUUUGAACAGCUGAAAUGGCAGCGUAGGAAAGCCUGGCAACAAUUCCGGAUUCGUCUGAAAGAAGCCUAUUCCAAGAUGGAGUUGUGGAGCACCUCCCUCAAGAAGAUCGGUGGAAAUUUCGGUAUGGGAAUCGUGGCGUACUUUCUCUUCAUAAAGUGGCUAAUGUUUCUCAACAUAAUUCUCUUCGUGAUAAUGUUUUGCUUCAUUUCUCUGCCAUCAAUCGUCCUCACCCCCAGGCCCGAGAAUUGCACAGCAAACACAAGCACCAUUGCCUGUUGCUCGGAAACAUAUCUAAAUGUGUCCCACGAGACGAGCAACAUAAUCGACAUAGUUCAGGGUGGUGGUCCCCUGGAACGAACAAUCCUCUACUACGGAAUAUAUUCCAAUGAAAUAUAUGGAAAAUUCAACGAUGAGGUUCACUAUAAUCUUCCAUUAGCCUAUAUUUGCACAACAAUAGGUUUUUUCCUCGUAAGUUUAAUGGCUAUUGUUCGAUCGGCAGCCAAAGGUUUCAGAGAACGAGUGACUGAAGGUGAAGGACAAUUCUAUCAAUACUGUAAUUUAAUAUUCGGUGGAUGGGAUUUUUGUAUCCAGAACGAAAAAUCAGCUGAUAUAAAACACAAAGCCCUUUACAAUGAGAUAAAGGCUUUCCUAGAAGCCGAGCGAUUGGAGGAAGAGAGGCAGAAUCGAACGAGAGAGGAAAAUAUCAAACUUUUUCUCGUUAGAUUAAUUGUGAAUCUCCUGGUGCUUGCAGUUUUAGCAGCCUGUGGAUUAUUCAUAUAUUACAUCAUUGACAUUUCCUUCGAUAGAGUCAGCAAUCCAAUUGCAGAAUCUUCUGAGGAAAUAGGCUACAUCUCUGUGAAGAAAAUUACACAACAAUUACUUUACGAAUUUCUUCCUUACAUCUGCAUCGUUGGACUCAACGUCAUCGUUCCCUUUUUAUUUCGUUAUCUAGUGGCACUGGAACAUUAUUCUCCACUUUUCGUUGUAAGACUGACAUUAUUCAGAAUUGUUUUUCUACGAUUAGCUUCAUUAGCAGUUCUGCUUACGAGUUUUUACAAGAUCAUUACUGUUGAUGUUGAUGAAGAAAAGUGCACUAAUGUUGAGGGACGACGGCCAGUCUGCUGGGAGACAUUUGUAGGCCAACAAUUUCUUAAAUUGUAUGUCACCGAUUUAUUCACGCAAUUUUUCGUGACAUUUUUCAUCAAUUUCCCGAGAUCCCUCGUGGCCAGACACACAGAGAAUAAAUUGCUAAGGUUUAUUGGUGAGCAGGAGUUUGAUCUGCCUCAUCAUGUCUUGGACAUUGUCUAUUCACAAACGAUCUGCUGGAUUGGGACAUUUUUUGCUCCUCUACUGCCACUUAUUGCAGCCCUCGGCUGCUUCUUAUUGUUUUAUCUGAAGAAGUUUUCAUGCUUGGUUAAUAGCACACCUUCGAGCCAUGUUUACAGGGCCAGCAGGUCAAACUCUCUAUUUAUGUUCGUCCUGCUGGUUUCUUUCAUUCUUGCAAGUAUUCCCGUAGGCUAUUCAAUCGCUGAGAUCGAGCCUUCGAAGUCAUGUGGACCUUUUAGGGGUCUUGGGACAGUUUGGAGUCUCCUUAUUGAGACUUUCAAACAGUUUCCGGGGUGGAUUCAGUCGGUGUUAUUUUUUUUGGGCACCGCUGGCUUUGGCAUCCCUGCAUUUAUUACUUUGUCAUUACUUCUGUACUAUUAUUAUGCUGUUUCCAUUGCCAAUAAACAUAUGGUGAUUGUACUCAAGAAUCAACUGGUACUGGAGGGACAUGAUAAACAAUUUUUAUUAAAUAGACUUAGUGCUUUUAUCAAGCAACAGCAAGAACAGUCCAAGUAUCAACAAGAUCAGUCGAUUGAUUUGGGAAAUUUCAAUUAGAUUGAGGAACUAGGAGGAUAUUUAAAAAAUAUUGGAAUUUCUUCAUUUUUUUAAUGAGCUAAUGUUUUGCCAUAAGGUUUUAAUAACGACGGUGGUAAUUCAAAUCUGUGAAUUUGAACCAUUUGCUAUGUGCAAUUAUUAGACAGCUAUGUGAGCAUAUUUCAUGUCAGAAUCGUAUAAAUUAAAUGUUCCGCUCUACAACUCAAAUUGUAAUUACACAUAAUGCCGUUAAAUAUCUUGCGGAUAAAGUCUUAAUGCAAAACAUCAUCUUCAUGACAAAAUGAAAGGAAACCAGCGAGUGCAAUAUCUAAUUGAGGCAGGAAAAUGCUGUGACUAAACUAAAGUAUACCAAUUUUCUAUUCUCGAUUUAUUUUCACUUUGUUAUUGAUUAGAGUCAUGAAACAAAUAUCUUGCCGGAUACAGAGUGUAAAUCGAGAAAAAAAAUCACAUGAAGAUACUAAAUAAGGCGAUAAAUUACACGUUUAGAAACAAUGAAAAAUACAUUUUCAAAGUGAUAAAAGCAAGGACCUAUUUUGCACACUAAGGUUAACGAUAAUAUCCAUGAAA